AUGGACCUGAAGUGGAAUCCUGGCAGAGUUUCUCAUCCGGCCUCAGCUGCAGUCCGGGUGACUGAUUUGAGUUGGCGAGGCAACCUAAAUCCCAGUCCGCUGAUUAAAGAUGACGGAGAGCUACUUAUGGAUGAAUACCUUUCCCCCAGGAAACUGAAAGUUUUGACAGGGGUGGAUGAUCUGCAGCGAGUGAAGGCCCUAGAGAUGCGAGUAGAUACAAGAGAGAACAGCUUGGGAAACUUUGGUGCCUAUCUACCUAAUCUGAGAGAGCUGAAGUUGAACAAUAGCUUGCUUGUGUCUGUGAGGGAUCUUGGAACCACCUUGUCCCAUCUCCAUGUCCUGUGGAUGGCUCACUGUGGCCUCUCAGAUUUAGAUGGGAUCUCUUCCUGCAGCUCUCUAAAAGAACUUUACAUAGCCUACAACAAUAUCUCUGACCUGAGCCAGCUGACCUGGUUGGAUCACCUUGAGGUUUUGGACCUGGAAGGGAACAAUAUUGAGGACAUUGACCAGAUGCAGUACCUGAGACUUUGUUGCAAGCUGAGCCACCUGACAGUGGAGGGAAACCUUAUUUGUCUGAAGCCAAAUGCAGAAUCUGCAGAGGAACCAGAUUAUAAUUACAGAGCUGAAGUAAAAAAACUUAUUCCCCACUUGGAGUAUUUGGAUGAAAUACCAGCAAGCCAGACUACUCUCCUUCCUUCCAAGAAGAUGCAUGAGGAUUGGCUAAUCAUCAAGGAAUCCAUCAAGGAAGGUGGUUUAGCUGGCGGCAUUUCAUUGUUAGGUAUGUCAGUAGCCAGGCAGGCUGGAUGCAGCCCAAGACCCCCAACAACUUCCGGACCUGGAACUGUGCAGUGGUCUGCUGAUGCAGGGAGAUCUAGCAGUGCCCACCUGUUGUACGGUGGCUGUCCUCUUCCAGAUCCCACUGUUUCUAAUGAGCUGUUUCCAGAAGAUGACUCCAGUGAUUUGACACAUGGACUCAGUCAAGUUAUAUGUGGGAACCCCACCAAAGCCCUUCGUGCAAGGAGGCAAAAGCUAGGUCCACCUGCAGUGAGCCCUUUGAAACUCUGCAGUAUGAGGACGGAAAACCGUUAUGGCUCUGGAGGAGGAGGAGAUCUGCACCAGGAAGUUGUGUUCUUUGAACUGAAAGUACGGAGAGAGCAGCACAAGCGGUGCCUGCAAACAGAUCAGCAAGAAAAAGCCGCCCAAGCACUAAAGGUAACUCUUAGUGAUGAGGAAGAGGGUAAAGACUGCAGCCUGACUGACAGCUGUGAAGAUGAGUUGAGGGAGACUUGUGAUGAGGACCUCAUUGAAAGGAUUUCUCUUGAUUCUUCUUGCCGCUCCUGUCUUUCCCAGUCUUCCUCAGGUUUGUCACAAGCUCAGGAGGGUGCGGUGUUCUCCAGCCCAAGCCAUUAUCUAAUUCCAUACCCUCCGAAAAGCCCUUCACCUGUGUCUGUAACGGGUGUUGCAGCAAGACCCUGGAAAACGAGGAACCACAGGGUAAGAUGCCUAAACAUACCCAGCCAAGAGAAGGACAGGCAGUGGACAGAGCGAUGCCAGUCAAGGGCUCAUCAAGAAACUUCAGCCCAGCCUUUGGGCAAGGAACUUGCUCUCCUGAGCCAGCACAGCGUGCCGGCUGCCUCUGGAUCCCGAGGGCAGUGCCAGCCUGCUGGGACCACCAGCCGGCAAAGGCCUAUUUCAGGACCAGCAGCUGUUGGAUCAACAAGCAUCAGGCCCAUCAGGGAUGAGAGCCCUUCUGGAGAGAUCAACCACCACCAGCCAGCUGUCUGCUCAUCCACAAAAGCCUUGGAGAGGUUUGGGCUGAUGAACACUGCUUGGCCCCUGACUGCCAGGGCCAUGCUGCAGUCAUUGCCAGACAGACCCACUGCCUCAACAAUAUCUCAGAACAAAAGUCCCCGGUCCUAG